GCCCCUCUCCGCUUGCGCCUGCCUCGCCCAGGCCCAGCUCCCCCCUGGGCCCCGUCCACGCCCAGCUCCCGGGCCCCGCCCUUCCCUGCCCGGACCCUCAGUGACCCCAUCCCUGGGCGGGGCCCGUGGGUGGACCCUGAAUUCGCCUCUCCUCUUGUCCUCUGGGAGGUGGUGGUUUCCAUGGGAACCCGUGAGGGUAGCCGGGCAGCUCCCUAAACCUUAGCAACAGAAACAAAACACACGUACAAAAGGCAGUCCUGGAGGGGAAGCGUGGUCCCGGCCCCUCCUCCGGUUUGUACUGUGUGGGUUGACGCGGACGUUCAAACCCGCUCGGACACCUGGCAACAAACUCGAAAGUGACUGCUGAAGGCAGUGCGCCCGGUGAGACGUUGUUGCAGUUCCCUUGGGGACUGGGAUUGGCAUACUUUAGCUAUCUGAACGAAACUUCUCUUUGGGGAGUUAAGUUUUCCAGUGGCAAAAGGCUCCCCGAAUGAGAACGAAUACUCGGAAUCAGCGGUGAAUUGCAGUGACCUUUCAGACAAAGCGCUUGUUCGACUUUGUCCUCUCUCAGAUAGGCUUCAAGUUUUAUAGAUUCAAGCCCACGUGCCCGGUGGUGGCGUCUCAGCCGUGCAGGUGUCCUGUCCUUUCCUGUCACCUGUCAGUCUUCCUCUUCCUCGUGGUCCAUUCAGCAACAUCACUGCUGCUCUGGGUGGUUGCAUGUGGUUGUUUGCCUGAAAGCAGAGACUCAGAGCCUUGGGGCACUGAGGUCUGCCAGUUCUGCCUGUUCAUCUGGAAGCUGGAUCUAAGGAGGGAAGAGGCGUUGCCCCUGCUGGCAUAGUCAGGUACCAGCCCAGCCAGGUAUUGAACGGGCUGAGGUUUUAAUGAUGGUUCCUGCUGACCUGGAAGCAUCUUAAGUGGAAGGUUAGCUUCUAUGAGUCACUGAUACUCUUUUUAUUGCUAUUUCUAAAUUUCCUUGGCUUGAAAAUUACUUCUGCUUUGCAGAAAUUAUCUGCUUGCAGCUGUGGAUAAUUUAUAACAAUCUCUGGUGAAACCUCAGAAAAAAGAUAUGCUUUUGUCUUAGAUGGAUGUCAGCAGCUGCAGCAGAACCCGGUGAAAACACCCCGCGGGUAGCACGAGGCUCUGCGAGCCAUAACUGCGACAAACGCAGAACUUCUUGAGGCUUUCUUCUUCUAAGGAGUAUGACACAGUUAAAAAGGAAAAAAGAACCACAAGCAAAACAAUUGCCAAUGAAAUAGGAGAGGGAGCUCUUUAAACAAGGCUGGCUGUAGCUGGCCUCCGCCGCUCAUCUGCAGGGCAUGAGCACUUGAUCCAUGCAGUGAAGCUUUUCCAACCUGGGUCAACGAAAACAGAGAAGAAAUGGCCCAAGAAGUAGAUCUGAGUGCUCUCAAGGAGUUAGAACGCGAGGCCAUUCUCCAGGUUCUGUACCGAGACCAGGCGGUUCAAAACACAGAGGAGGAGAGGAUACGGAAACUAAAAACACACAUGCAGCAUCUCCGGUGGAAAGGAGCGAAGAACACGGACCGGGAGUACAAAGAGAAGUGCUGUGCACGCUGCCAGCAGGUGCUGGGGUUCCUGCUGCACCGGGGCGCUGUGUGCCGGGGCUGCAGCCACCGCGUGUGCGCCCACUGCCGAGUGUUCCUGAGGGGAACCCAUGCCUGGAAGUGCACGGUGUGCUUCGAGGACAGGAAUGUCAAAAUAAAAACUGGAGAAUGGUUCUAUGAGGAACGAGCCAAGAAAUUUCCAACUGGAGGCAAACAUCAGACAGUUGGAGGGCAGCUCUUGCAAUCUUAUCAGAAGCUGAGCAAAAUUUCUGUGGUGCCUCCUACUCCACCUCCUGUCAGCGAAAGCCAGUGCAGCCACAGUCCUGGCAGGUUACAGGAAUUUGGUCAGUUUAGAGGAUUUAAUAAGUCCGUGGAAAAUUUGUUUCUGUCUCUUGCUACCCACAUGAAAAAGCUCUCCAAAUCCCAGAAUGAUAUGACUUCUGAGAAGCAUCUUCUUGCCACGGGCCCCGGGCAGUGUGCGGGCCAGACAGAGAGACGGAGCCAGUCUGACACUGCGGUCAACGUCACCACCAGGAAGGUCAGUGCACCAGAUAUUCUGAAACCUCUCAAUCAAGAGGAUCCCAAAUGCUCUACUAACCCUAUUUUGAAGCAACAGAAUCUCCCAUCCAGUCCGGCACCCAGUACCAUAUUCUCUGGAGGUUUUAGACACGGAAGCUUAAUUAGCAUUGAUAGCACCUGUACAGAGAUGGGCAAUUUUGACAAUGCUAAUGUCACUGGAGAAAUAGAAUUUGCCAUUCGUUAUUGCUUCAAAACCCAUUCUUUAGAAAUACGCAUCAAGGCCUGUAAGAACCUUGCCUAUGGAGAAGAAAAGAAGAAAAAGUGCAAUCCGUAUGUGAAGACCUACCUGUUGCCCGACAGAUCCUCCCAGGGAAAGCGCAAGACUGGAGUCCAAAGGAACACGGUGGACCCGACCUUUCAGGAGACCUUGAAGUAUCAGGUGGCCCCUGCCCAGCUGGUGAGCCGGCAGCUGCAGGUCUCGGUGUGGCAUCUGGGCACGCUGGCCCGGAGAGUGUUUCUUGGAGAAGUGAUCAUUCCUCUGGCCACGUGGGACUUUGAAGACAGCACAACACAGUCCUUCCGCUGGCAUCCGCUCCGGGCCAAGGUGGAGAAAUACGAAGACAGCGUUCCUCAGAGUAAUGGAGAGCUCACAGUCCGGGCUAAGCUGGUCCUCCCUUCAGGGCCCAGAAAACUCCAAGAGGCUCAAGAAGGGACAGAUCAGCCAUCACUUCAUGGUCAACUUUGUUUGGUAGUGCUAGGAGCCAAGAAUUUACCUGUGCGGCCAGAUGGCACCUUGAACUCAUUUGUUAAGGGAGGGAGACGCAGCUGUUGGCGGGGAUGCAUGCUCACAAUCGAAGCUCCAGUGGCAAAAAGUCCUUUCCAGCCCCAAUCUAUGGACAGACAUGACCCUUGUCCUGCACUGACAUGAAGGCCUCAAGGUUCCAGGUUGCAGCAGGCGUGAGGCACUGUGCGUCUGCAGAGUGGGGCUACGAACCAGGUGCAGGGUCCCAGCUUGGAGACCCUUUGGGCUGUGAACAGUGUCCAUCUGCGGCCCUGUCCCGUGGCUUAAACGCCUAUUGGUAUCUGUGUAUAUUUAAGUUAAACACAAUUAUGAAUGUUAUCUAAGCCUCUGGUGGGUUAUCUCCUCUUUGAGAUGUAGAAAAUGGCCAGAUUUUAAUAAACGUUGUUACCCAUGUCCUCCAGUGCUUAUCAAAUGAGGUAAAAGGCUGGCUGGUGGGCAUAAUGACUCCCCCCUGUAACCCCAGCAACUUUGGGAGGCUGCAGUGGAUGGCUUGAGCCAUCUCACUGAGUGUGAGAUCAGCCCAGGCAACAUACCCUGUCUACAAAAAAAACAAAAAAUUAUCCAGGUGUGGUGGUGCACACCUGUAGUCCCAGUUAGUUACUCAGGAGGCUGAGCCGGGAGGACUGAGCCCAGGAGGUUGAGGCUGCAGUAAGCCCCGACCAUGCAACUGUGCUCCAGCCUGGGCCAAACGAAGACCCUGUCUCAAGGAGAAAAAAAAGUCACAGCUUUGCUGUGAGAAGCAUUUUGUUUAUUGAGACGGAGUCUCCCCGUCACCAGGCUGGAGUGCAGUGGCACGAUCUCGGCUUGCUGCAAGCUCUGCCUCCCGGGUUCUGGCAAUUCUCCUGCCCCAGCCUCCCAAGUAGCUGGGAUUAUAGGUAUGUGCCACCACACCGGGCUAAUUUUCGUAUUUUUAGUAAAGACGGGGUUUCACCAUGUUGGCCAGGAUGGUCUUGAUCUCCUGACCUUGUGAUCCGACCACCUCAGCCUCCCAAAGUGCUGGGAUUACAGGCGUGAGCCACUGUGCCCGGCCAUGAGGAGCAUUUUAGAGGAGGCUUCUGAGUGUUGGAACAGUCCUCCUCUCCUGUGGAAACCAUCUCAAGGAGGUUAGGUGACCCAUGGAGCACCAGGUCUUGGGUUGGUCAGCUCUAACUUACUUACUUACCAGUGCACCCCCAGGGACACCACAGCCCCUCACAAAACCUGGCCAGAGGACAGCACAGAGCCCAGGCGAGUCGGCGAUAGCCCUCCCACCCCACACACAAGCACACACCCGUGCUGCUUCGUGCCUUUGCAAAGCUUUUAUUUCAUGUCUGCAGCAUGGAAUCCACCUGCACAUGGCAUCUUAGCUGUGAAGGAGAAAGCAGUGCACGAGAAGGAAUGAGUGGGCAAAGCCAAUGGCCUCCACAAGCUGCCUUCCAGCAGCCUGCCAAGGCCAUGGCAGAGUCUGCAAACAAACACAAGCAAACAGUCUUCACAGCUGGAGUCUGAAAGGUCAUAGUGGCAUGUGUGUAUUUGACAAAAUUAAGUGUGCAUAGUCCAUUACAUGCAUAAAACACUAAUAAUAAAAAUCCUGUUUACACGUGACUGCAGCAGGCAGGUCCAGCUUCACCACUGCCCUCCUGCCACAUCACAUCAAGUGCCAUGGUUUAGAGGGUUUUUUGUAUAUAAUUCUUUUAUUCUGUAAAAGGUAACAAAAUAUACAGAACAAAACUUU